AAUCCAAGGAAACACUUUCCAAAGGAUUUCCCCUAAGCAGGUGGGCACCAUUAUGGUGUUAUGUUUUCCUGGGUGCCCUAGUGUCAAGAGCUUGUGAUGGAUGAGUGUUAUUUACUUGGCUGUCCUACUAUUGCUCCACAUCCAGCCAGCAUCAUCCAUAGUUAGGGUUGGGCUGAACUGUGUCAGGGGAAGCUAUGGCAGCUUUGUACCAUAGCACAGACAGCUUUCCAUUGCUAAAAGUUUGUUCCUGGGCUUGUGGUAUUAGAAAAAAACAUAAAUCUGGGCUGAAUUUAGCCUCCCGACUGUUUUUGCAUUAUUUUGCAUGCUGUUCCUCUUGUCAAGCCACAUCUGAUAACUUUGUUUAUGCGGAGUAGCACUUUACUCCGCUUAUUUAUUUCAAUGAGUAUGUUCAUGCACUAAUGCUCUGUUUAGUGAGCUUGCAGAACCAAACAGCUUAUUAACAACACCUUCUCUCACCUCCAGCUUGGUCUCCAUGGGUGGAUCUAAGAUUUGGGGAUUUUUGAAGGGAGUUAAAGGAUCUCCAUGGGUGUGAAAUAGAAGACAGUGUGCAGCCUCCAUCCCUUCACUCUCAGCUAGAUCUUCAAGCCUAUGCCCAAUGUGUUGCCCUGGUUUGGCCCAUUUGGGCACCAGGCCCCUGGCCCGCGUGGCUGUUCCCCUUCUCAGGUGCCAGGCUCCCGACUCCCUUGGGCACCCAGCUCCUGUCUCCUGUUUGGUUCUAUGACCUCGCACUAUGCUUGUUCGGGGCUCAAUAGUCACUCCAACGUUCAGCCUGCCCCUGGCAGGGCUCAGUGCCCCUCAGCUACUAAUGGGACCUCUGUACCUUGCCCCUACAGUCCCAACCCAAGCCGCUGGUGCAACUAUAAUAUAAACCUAAGCUGCUGGGCUAUAACAUAAACAGAAAGGGGAAGCAGCCCUCUGCCCCUUUAUGAAGGAAUAACUUUACUUCAGUGCUCAGCUAAGAUAGCCUCCCAGCCCUGGGCUAUAACUUAGUGAACUCCCCAAGCCUCACUAGGUAUCCAAAUACAGCACUACAGUCCCUUCAGCAGCCAUGCUGCCAGGGAGAGACUAAGUAGCCAACUCAGACUUUGGGCUUGUAUCUUCCCAGGGCUCUGCCCCCUGCGGGUCAGCAGACUGCCUGAGCUGCCUACAGCUGCCUGGCAAUUGGCCUAAUUGGCCUGUUUUCCCAGCAACCUACAGCUGCUGCACCUUGCCUAGCCUGCAAUGCUCCCUUGCUGGGCUUCUUCCUUAAAAGAACAGAGAGUCUGUUACAAGUAGGAAUGAAAGGAGAGUGCUUCUAUCCUGGACAGAAAAUCAGCUUCCCCGCUUGAUACAUGCAUCCCCAUUUUGGAGAACUGAUUUAGGAGGAAAAGGGGCAUGUUGUAUGCAAGAAAAUAUAGCAUGCUGUGUGAAGCAUCUGAAUAUAAAGGCAAUGCACGGGUUCUUGGGGAUACAGAAUGCAGCUGCCAGCUGGUUAAGGCCACAUGUACUUCAGGCUUGAGCUCAAGUCUCUUCAUGGAUAAUCAUGGUCUCUUGCCGUUCUGGAAAAUGCAUUUACCACCCUCCUUUACAACAAGUCCCUCGGAAGGAACGGAACACAUUUGCCUCCAGAGAUGAAUACAACUUAUCAGCUUUACAUUCCAGAACUUAACUUGAGUACCUUUGGCAACAACUUUACAGUUCCCACUGUCAAGAGCAAGUCAUCACCAUGUGAGCAGGUGGUCAUUGCAGCAGAGGUGUUUCUGGCACUUGGCAUUGUAAGCCUUCUUGAGAACAUCUUAGUCAUCUGUGCAAUAGUUAAGAAUAAGAACUUGCAUUCGCCCAUGUAUUUCUUUGUGUGCAGCUUAGCAGUAGCUGACAUGCUGGUCAGUGUGUCUAAUGCUUGGGAGACCAUAACAAUAUAUUUAAUAAACAAUAGGCAUCUAAUUAUGGAAGAUGCUUUUGUACGUCAUAUAGACAAUGUUUUUGAUUCAAUGAUCUGCAUAUCCGUGGUGGCUUCCAUGUGCAGUUUGCUUGCUAUAGCAGUAGACAGAUAUGUCACCAUCUUCUAUGCCCUACGUUAUCACAACAUCAUGACAGUGAAAAGAUCAGGGCUUAUUAUUGCAUGCAUAUGGACCUUUUGCACAGGCUGUGGCAUUAUCUUCAUUCUUUAUUAUGAAUCAACUUAUGUUAUUAUUUGUCUCAUCACAAUGUUUUUUACCAUGUUAUUCCUCAUGGUUUCUCUGUACAUACACAUGUUUCUCCUGGCUCGCACUCAUGUGAAGAGAAUAGCAGCUCUGCCUGGAUACAACUCUGUCCAUCAAAGAACCAGCAUGAAGGGAGCCAUCACUUUGACCAUGCUACUUGGCAUUUUCAUUGUUUGUUGGGCUCCAUUUUUUCUUCACCUCAUCCUGAUGAUUUCUUGCCCUCAAAACCUCUACUGUAUUUGCUUCAUGUCUCAUUUCAACAUGUACCUCAUCCUCAUCAUGUGCAACUCUGUGAUUGAUCCUUUGAUCUAUGCCUUUCGUAGCCAGGAAAUGCGGAAGACUUUUAAGGAGAUUAUUUGUUGCUACAGCUUGAGAAUGGUCUGUGGGUUACCCAGCAAAUAUUAGGAAAACGUAUUUUUGAGUAAGAAACUAAAACCUGUAAUUUUUUUCAUCAAGAGAAUUGUGCAUCAAAAUUGUUAGUAUCUUGUCUGAUUUCUGCUGAAUGGACUAUAAAACAUCUUUCUACUUUUUGCUUGUCAUGAUGAUGAUUUUUCUUUUUCUUGGGAAAAUACAAAGCUGUUUUUCUAGUUUAAUUAUGUGGUCUGUUCUCCCUACCCCCUUCAUGCACAUCUAUAACCCUGGCUGGCAUUAAUAGGAGUUACCCUAUGCAUGUGCAUCAAAGGGACCACAGAACAUGUUGGCACAGAUUCAAGUCUCUGAAAGCAAUGCAUCUUUUAUUCCUUGGUCUUCAUAGGCUGGGGCUUGCAUAGAUUGGGUCUGGAUAGGCUAUUCCUAUCUGCUCUAAUGUGAAGCACAAUGUAUAUAACCAUAUAUUAGUUUGUAUGAUGGUUAAUGUGUUUUUUCUGGAGACAAGAUGGCUUAUUUCACUGUACAGAACAAACAGGUUUCUUGAUAAUUUCUUCAUUGAACAUAAAGUUAGAACAGUAACUGUGAUUUAGCCAUAAAGGAAGAAAAUAAUCCUUAGAUGUAAGGAUCCACAGUUUAUAUCUGUAAAGCCUUGACUGGCACAGAUAUAACUAAGAACUUCUGUACCAGCAUGCAAACAAACACUAGCAAUCUUGUAAUCCAGUCAUGACUGUAACAGUCACAAAUGACGUAUCACGCAACCAGCCAAAGUAACUGCAGGAAUUCCCAGUAUGGAUUAUAGUAUUUUGCAGCACAAAUCCAUGUCUGCUCCAGCAUCCCAAUCACUGCAUCUGUGAAAAAGGUUUAUCAUAUGGCGGUUUUAAGGUGAUAAUGCCUCAGACUAAAGACAGAGCUAGUUAUACAUUUUUUAGGAUGUAGAAUGCAGUAGUAAGCAUAGAUAUAUAUGUGGUUUCCAGGUAAAUAUCAGUAACCCCUGAAAGAUUUUAUGGGAAGAAAUUUAUUGGCCAGAGUGCAUGUUAGAGACGAACUGAAUUAGGAGAUGUGAAGCUUAUCAAAUAGAAAUGAUUCUGGGAAACCUUCUAAUGGAGCAGGUUGGUCCUAUAGAACAUUUUUUUGUGGGAGAAAUGCAGAGGCAUAACUACCAGGGUCUGUGCCAUGGGUGGGUGGCAGGGGCUGGGCCAGCUGUGGUAGUGGCUGCUAUUUUUAUGCCCUCCCCUGCCCCCAAGUGGUUGCCCAGGGCUAGUGCCCUUAUUACCCACUUCUGGUUAUGUUACUGCAGGCAUGGUUAUCAUGGUGUACUGGAAGUGGGUGCUAGCAAAACAGGUUUCUUAGGAACACAGAAAACCAUGCAACCACAUAUUUUAAUAUGCCUGAGCUAACAUCUGAUCUAGUCUUCUUUUUGCUGAGAGGCUGACAAGGUUCAUGAGACACAACAACCCUCACAUCUUGUAGGAGCAAUUUGUAUCCUGUUGUGUUCUCUUAAACAUGCUGUUCUGUAACAGCUGGGUAAUGUGAAGAAUAUUGCAUUUGUCACAGGUGAAGGGAGUACAAUCAAGAACCACAGCAUACAAUAAAGUCUUGACCCACUUCAAAGAAUGUUACAGAUAUAUACAACAUCCUACCAAAUGCUGUAUUUUUGCAUUAAGCUGUAACAUACAUAAAAGAAUAGGGUUACCAACUCUGUUUGAGUCUAUUCUGGGAGAUUUCAUCACAUUACUAUUACAUUUUAAAACCCCACUGGACUACUGUAUAAAUUGGAUUCAACAUUUAAUAUUUAUUUUAAUAAAUGCCCUAUCAUCUAUUUCCCAGGUGACUCUCAGCAGUUUUCUGGAGAUUAUAUCUAAUUCUUGGAGACACCAGGGCAAUUCUGGAGGGUUGGCAACCCUAAUAAAAAUCAUAAAGUGCUGUAUCAAAAGUAUGAAAAAUAUUUAAAUCAUGUCCAGUGAAUGUGAAGCCAUUUGAAACCAACUCAAAGACUCAUAUUGACCCCAUGGUAUUUGGAUUAGGCCUUUAGAUGUCAACUGAUUGUAUUUAGAAUCCAUCAAAAUGAUAGGGACUAUAUUCUUCCUUCAGUUGUACUUGAAAAUGAUAUUUCACCUAUUUAACCAUAGUCAGAAUUUUGCUGUAAGGAUGACGUCCACUGCAGUUAAACCCCACCUAAAGAGGAACUUAAAUGGUGCACUGAACCAUCUACUUCACUGCUGAUCUGUUAGCACAUAUAGGUAAUGAUGGAGGCAUACACACAUACUAACUUUCUGACAGUUAAACCAACUUAACUUUUUAACGUUGACUUAACUGUCAGAAUGUACACAUAUAUGUGGAGCAGUUAACUUAAAUGCAGAGUAAGAUAAUACACCUCGGCAGUGUAUUAUCUCAAGUUGCAUUAGUUAAGUCGACUUAGCUCACAAGAUGGCUGCCACUGUGUCAAGGAGCUGUGCAUGCAUAUACUCUGAUGUGGCUUAACUUAAGUCUACUUAGUUAAGUCGCCUAAUUUUAAGUCGACUUAGUACAUGUGUUCUUGCCCAUAGAUAGCAACUAUGGGACAAUUCAUUUAAUUUCCAGCAACAAAAGAGAUACAAGUAAGGUGGUGUUGUAAAUAAUUGUAAAUCAUUAAAUAAGAAACUAAAUCUAGGAAAACCUUAGGUGUUUUUAUGAAUUGUACACUGCAUUCCCUGCCCCAGCCCGGAAGUUUAUUUGAUGUCAAAAUAUAAGUAUCUGAGGCAACUAAAGUGGAGGGUUAGAAACCCGUUUAAUGUUCAGUAUUCUUUGCAAUGUAUUUCCUACAGUUUAUCUGGAAAAUUACAGUAGUUUGAGACAACCUGUGGCCCUUCAGUUGAUAAAUUGAAAAUAAAAUUCUAACAGAAGGGCAUUUUACAUCCUGGUCUUCUGUAUUUCAAUUUGUACUGAUAGUAUUGUUGAAAGCUUUAUGAAAGAAAGUCCUGUAUGAAUAAAUAUAAUUUAAAUUUA